AUGGAUGUUUCCGCAGUUUUGUGUAACGCUAAAUUUUUAGAGAAACUAAUGUCAUCGUUAUCUUACAUAAGUGAAGAAUAUGGAUCUAAUUCUGAAGAUAGUGAUACUGACACGAUAGGACAUGGGAUCACUAGACCUAAGCUACCCACACCUGAUUUGAGCAAAGUGGCUGUUGUCCCUAGUGACACUCACAUUGAUGAUCCACAAAUUCAUGGUGGCAGGUCUAGGUCAUUUCCUCAUGUGAGAGGCAACUGGGCUACAUUUGUUUAUGUGAAUUGGUUUGCUGCAGUCAAAGUAUAUUGCAACGAGGACAAGUCAAGAACAUUUAUAUCUCUUGAUGUGGAUCCUUUCAGUCAUAAAAACCUAUCAAAUGUUUCGAAAAAGGUGGAUGAUGUUUUGACUGAAUUUCAGCUGCCAACAUUUUACAAGGAGCCAUCAUUCCACAUGAGCCUUUUGUGGACAAAUGGGGAUAAACAAUCUGAAUUAGACACUAUUAUAGACACAUUAAAUGAUCUAUUGCUGCAGGAGAUUGAAAAAGAACUGAGGACAGUGUUAAUUGAUACAAUCAAUUGUAAAAGUGGGAACAAAUACUUUCAGUACUCAUUGAUUUAAUAAACUUAAAAAUAAUUAAAAGACAUAUAAAAUGAAUAAUCAAGAUAAUAGUAAAAACAAAGUUUAUAUUAACCCUAAUUUUAAUAGGCCUCAUACAAAAAGUGGUUCCAGCAAUGGAAGUAUGCAUGUUAAUCCAAAAUUUUCUUAUCUUGUACCAAGUGUUCAUUGUAAUGUUCAAAAUAAGAAUAAAAUUUAUAUAAAUCCCAAUUUCAUAAAUUAUAAAAGUACAGAUAGGAGUACUAACAACCAAAUAGGUUUCAAAACAAAAGAAAAUCAACCUCUUAUACACACUUUUACUGAAGAAUCAUAUAUUACAUAUCAGCAAGAAGUUACAGGCAAAACAAUUUUCCCUGAGGCUUCUGUGUCCCAAUCUCGUUAUUCUUUAGUUAGACAAAACUUAACUAAUAAACCUUCAAAAGAAUCAACAAUUGAGAAACCGAAGAUUACUUUUAAAGUCAAUAAGUAUAAAACAGUUUCAUGGAAAGAUGCAAAAAUACAUUUAAACAAAGAUAAAAGUGCCAGCUACCUGCCUUCUGUACCUAAUAUUGACGCAAAUUUUCAGACGCCACAAAUCAGUCGAAGAAAGAAUGUGUUUAAAGUCGUCAAUUCUAGUAAUGUUUCUUCUUUCAAACUUGAAAAAACGAUUGUACAUACAGAUAUUCAGAGAAAGCCAUAUAAAUCAAAUUAUGUGGUCAAGGAAUCAAGGAUUAAAAGAUUAAUUAAGGGAAAUCUUAAGAAAAAUAAUAUACCCUGUCCAUUAUUCCGCAAGUUUGGAAAAUGUCUGAGAAACGCACGUGGCUCCUGUGAAUUUCUGCAUGAUAAGAAACAUGUUUCUAUAUGUCGUAAAUUUAUUAAAGGUAUUUGUCAUGACAAGGAAUGCCUUUUAUCCCAUGAUUUAACAAGUAAGAAAAUGCCCACCUGUUAUUUUUAUUUACAAGGGACUUGCACUAAAGCUGAGUGCCCUUAUUUACAUGUUAAAUUGAAUGAAAAGGCAAAGAUUUGCUCAGACUUUCUCAAGGGAUAUUGCGAGAAAGGUAGCGCGUGUUUACAACGACACGUAAACUUACCUUUAGAGGGAAAUAUUAAAACUAUUUCAACAAUGAGAAAGAAGAAAUUCACAAAAAUUAAAACUAAUGGUAACAGUAUCAUUAAACUACAACAAGAUGAAAAUAAAGAUAUACCAGAUGUCGACGAGAAAACAAAUACAAAUCGCGUAAAGUUAAAAGAAAAAGGUGAAAGAUGCUCUGAACAUAGAUACUACGAAGAAAAUAAAGGCGAUAAUGAUUCAAAUGAAACAUGUGAAAUUAUAAAACCUACAAGGUGCAAAUUAGGAACAUUACCCUCAUUCAUACAACUAUGAUGGCCUUUCUGAUUAUAGGUCCCGUUGUCCUCCACCGUUUUUAUUUUUAGUUGGAAAAUCUUCAAAUGUUUCCUCUCGGUUUGUUUGGGGCAGAGGGGCAGUGUCAGACUUAUUCGUUUUUAUUCCGUUUUAUCUGUUUUUUUUUUAUUUUGUUGCUCAAUUAACUGGGGAAUAAAAUAAAAGUAUCUCAUGGUUUUUCGCUUACGCACAUUAUGUGGCUGCACAGUGUCAAAAUAGUGUUGUGUUGUGAUAUAUCACACAUCUCAUUUAGCUCUGAUAUAAAAAAUUCGAAUUUAUAACUGCUGUGAAAAAGUAUCUGUUGGACUUCUUAGAUAACGUAUGAUUUAAUUGUAUUUUUUCUACAUAAAUAUACUUUUUUAUACAUAGACUACUUGUAAUGGGUUUCGUUACAAAUAAAUAAAAUUACGUUGAAAAUGUUUGUUUUAUUUUUAAUAACUGUGUAAAGGUAUAAUAUAUACAACAAAAUAUUUAAAAUUCAUUUGAAUUGCAAAGAAUAGACAUGGAGCCAUCAACAAUUGUUCCAUUUAUAUAUUAUACAGUUGUGUCUUGGUGCGAUUCGAAAAAUAAUAGCGGAACACUUGGCAAUUAUUUCAGUUCUUGAACCAUUUUGGCAUUUUAUUACCUUUAGAUGUCGAAGCAGUAGGUACUUUUUGCGAUGUACCGGGUAACACAUCUGGUUUCCUUCUUGCGGUGGCU